AUGGAGAGCCAGGAGUUUUCGGGUUCUUCUGGGCUGUCCGAUGGGCACGACAUGGCAGAAAUAUCCACUCGCUCAGAAGCCCUCCACAAGCCCAUUGUAGUCAGGAUAUUUGACGUGCUCAACCAGCCUGGGGAGUCCGAGGAGCCGGGGUUAGCCGAGGAGGCCGGCGAGCAAGACCAGCCAGGCGAGUCAGAGGGGUGUGCAGAGUCCCACCAGAUCCCCAAGCCCCACAAGCCCUAUGAGCUCUACCAACCCUGUGAGCCCCACAGGCCCCCCAAACCCCAUGCACCUUACAAGCCUCAUCCACCCCGCGAGCCCCACAAGCCCCACGAAGUCGAGUUGCUUCCCAGAGCUGGCGUGAUGAUCUCCCCGUCUCUGCUGACCAGAUCCCCGCCACGGCUUCUGCCAUCUUCCCUGAGAGAUCCUAGUCCCUGUGACUUUGUAAGGAAAUGUUCUUUUUCUAGGAAGAGAAUUCAAGAUCUUUCUAGGCCUAAGAAACAAUGGGGAGCCCCAGAUAGAAAACUGUUUUGGGGAAAUCAAGAUCCUAUUCGCCCUGUUUCCCGGAAUGCUUUGAAGGCUCAACUGACCAAAAGACUUGAGAACCUUGCCCAGCCUAAGGAAGUCUCCCACGAAUAUGUACCUAACAGGGUUCAGUAUUAUUACAGCUGCGGUAGAGAGUCUGUAAUCUGGGAGAUCCCUUCUCCUGCACUGCUUGGCCAACCUUCCAAAAGGAUCCAGAAGCUGGCACAGCCCAACAGAUUCAAGAAAGGGUAUCUAAUAAAUAGGCCCUUCAGUGAUUACUUAAGAGAUUCUCUUCAAAUCUCUGAUCCUUCUCCCCGGAUAUUACGACUCUCAAUACCCAAAGUCACAAAUCCAAACUAUGUUCCUCCAAGAAGCACUAAAACCAAAAUUGCGACGUCUGCCCUGACUGCUGUUGCAACUCCAAGAACUGUAGACCUUGCCUAUCCAAGGAUUAAGAUAGAGGGUCUGUGCUUUGAAAGAGAAAGAAUUGAAAUGCCCAUCCGUCCUAUAUCCUGUGCUGCCUUGCUCGCCAAACCUAGCUCUCGAAUACUAGCUCUAGCUAAGCCCAGGCCUCUUCAUCAAGAUUAUUUACCUCCCCGGGAUGCCUACUGGCCAGUAUCUUGUGCUGCUAUCCAUUCCAAGAUAUCUCCCAGAAUUCAAGAACUAGCUAAUCCAAAUACAAGGACUCCUGUGCGUAUUGUAUAUUACGAUCCAGAAGUCUUUAAAGUCAAGCCAGCUGCUUUGAAAGCACAGUGUUCUCCGAGGAUCCAUGAGUUGGCACAACCUCUUACGCGUUAA